CGGUUAACGUGCAACUAGCUCAUCUGCCCAACUUUAGGAGUAGUGGAAAUGCUAUAUACCUACUUUACCUAAAAAAACUAAAACUAAUAACUGCGGAGGAGCGAUAAAGCCUAUUAUUUUUCCAGCCUUUGACCAUUUGAUCUAAAAUCUAAAAAAAAAUGAUGAUGAAUUAUCUUAAUAUGAAUGGAACAUAAAUACCAUGUUUAUGAUGCAUCUGAGUUUCGGUUAACCGGCUAUUCAAAUUAAUCUGAAAUUGCGGGGGGGAAACAAAUGUCGGACUUUUUUUUAACCAUAUAUACAGAUUUUAACGAUGUGGUCACCCGGAGUGCAGUCGGCACGCAGAUUAACAUGAAAACGAUGGAGCGCUCCAUUCAGCUGAACCAAGCAUCCUCCGUUUACGCUUUAAUGUUGAAUAAUUGCUCCGUCAACGAAACCGAUGAGAAUUGCACCGCCACCAAAAGAGAAGAAGAUGGCGUGAAUUUGAUUUUGCAGUCAAGUCUAACCUUCAUUCUAUCCAUCAUAACUAUAGCCACGAUAUUAUCCAAUGCUUUCGUAAUAGCGACUAUUUCUCAGUCUAGGAAACUUCACACUCCUGCCAAUUUCCUCAUUGCUUCGUUGGCAGUCACGGACCUAUUAGUCUCGGUGCUUGUGAUGCCGAUAUGCGUGAUCUACACGGUAAGUCACACUUGGACUUUGGGUCAGAUCUUAUGUGACAUUUGGUUGUCUUCGGACAUUACAUGCUGCACAGCAUCCAUUCUCCAUCUGUGCGUAAUUGCGCUGGAUCGCUACUGGGCAGUAACGGACGCAGUGGGGUACUCGAAGAAGCGCACGCCAGCCCGGGCUGCUGGUAUGAUCGCCACUGCUUGGGUUAUUGCAAUCUCAAUAUCAUUGCCUCCUUUAUUUUGGCGUCAGGAAAAAGCGGAAGAAGUUACGAGCUGCAGUGUAAAUACGGAUCACAUUUUCUACACUAUCUAUUCUACUUUCGGGGCGUUUUAUAUCCCGACUCUACUGCUGAUUGCACUUUACGGGAAGAUCUACAUCGAAGCGCGAAGGAGGAUUUUCAAAAAUUGCCCGUCGAAAGCUGGAAAAAGGUUGACUUCAGCUCACUUGAUCACAAACUCCCCGGGAUCGGAGUCCUCUACGUCGCCCCUAAAUUACAGGACCCAGGAAACGACCGCAGCCGAAACCUGCUCGCCAGCUCACGUUUGGCAGGUCAAAGUCACCGUGUCCGAUAGUCUCCUGGACAAAAAGAGAAUAUCUGCCGCGCGGGAGAAGAAAGCCACAAAAACUCUGGGAAUAAUCCUCGGCGCCUAUAUAAUAUGUUGGUUACCUUUCUUCAUUUACACCCUCCUUGUGCCUUUAUGCAGUACAUGUACUUUCUAUCCAGAAUUAUUCGAUUUCUUCACCUGGCUGGGCUACUUAAACUCCUUGAUCAAUCCAAUCAUUUAUACUAUGUCAAAUGAAGAUUUUAAAAAGGCUUUUCACAAACUCAUACGCUUUAAAUGCUGCAGGCACUGAAAGAGAUAUCAAGUGCAAGACAUUUUGCGUUAUGGUUAUAAAAAUGGAUGCUCACGAAUGAGAAUCUGCGCUACCAGGUACUGCUCUUGCGUUUGGUGUGCAACGCGAAUGCCGCUUGGCGCAUCUGCUGUAAAUAUGCAAAACCCACCGGUCAGUUUUAUAAACAUUUACAUCGCUGCUCCUAAAAUCACUAAACGAAAACAGUCUGAGAAAUUCGUUGGAGACAGAGAGAGAGAGAGAGUGCGGCUGGACAAACGCAAUAUUAAAUCCAAUAAAUCAAUUGCUGGGCAUUUCAGUAAAACUCAACUGGUACAAAGGAUGUACACCAGUCCAACACAAGUUCCGCGUCCUAAGUCCAGUUGAUAUCUUACUGACAGACACUGCCUAUAGUGGGAGAAAAAAGGACCUGGAAAAAACGUACGACUCUGCGCAAUAGGGCAAGCCAAUUGUCGACAUAUAAAUGUAUUUUUCUAUGGCAUUUUGAAAGAAUGAACGUCUACAACUGCUUAACCCACCAAAAACAUAUACGCAUGAAAGUGAUUUUUGGAAACCCAUUAUUAUUAUUAUUAUUAUUAUUAUUAUUUACCCUAUAAUAAGUUAUUAAUUAUUGUUAAAGUUUAAUUUGCAGAUGUAGCUCAGUAUAUCUUGUCCCCACAGUUGUCGAUAGCCUAUGUAUAGCAGAUGUGUGGUUUGUUAUUGCAUUAAACAGCACACGGCUACCUCAAAUCACCGGCAAUUUUACUGCAGAGUUGGGUUAAGAACUUGACAUGCCUUUUAAAGUUCUGGUUUUCCUGUGGAAAAGACCACUGCUCCCAAAAAAUAACUGACCUUUUGCGCCGUUGUGCGCACAGAAGUGCUGGUCAAUUUUUUUGCUGCUAAACACAUGCGUGUUCGCUUGAUUCGAAAUAUUACAUUUGUCCGUGGUAACUGUUUCUUCAUGAAAAUGCUUGUUUUUUUUAUUUA